GAAAGAUACCAGGAAAGUGUGUCAGUGAAGCCAGAGAGGAUGGUGUUUUAAGAAAUAUGGAAUAAGUAAGUCAAAUGUCUAGUAAGAUAAGAACAGUUAAGUGACCUCUAGAUCAGCAAUAUCACAAUUCUUGGUCCUGGGCAGAGUAGUCAAAUAAUUCAUUUGUUUGUUUUUCUCUUUUUGUGGUGCUGAGGAUCAAGUCCGGGGCCUCAGCAUGCUAAAGAACCUAAUUCUUCUCCAGAAAGCACACCUGCAGAGAUGGCCCCAGUCCUUCACUUCUAUGUCCGUCCCUCUGGCCAUGAGUGGGCAGCAUCUGGACACAUUCUACAGAAAGUACAAAGGCAGCUACCAGAGCUGCAGGGUAUCGAGACAGAACUCUGCUACAAUGUGGACUGGACAGCUGAGGCCCUUCCAAGUACUGAGGAGAUGAAGAAGCUGAAGUGGCUGUUUGGCUGCCCAUUGUUGCUGGAUGAUGUUGCUCACAACUCCUGGCUCCUUCCAGGUUCCAAUGACCUGCUGCUGGAAGUUGGGCCCAGGCUGAACUUCUCCACCCCAACAUCCACCAACAUCGUUUCUGUAUGCCAGGUCUCAGGGCUAGGAGCUGUGAAACGUGUGGAGAUUACCCGGCGCUACCGGCUUUCGUUUGCCCAUCACCCUUCAGCUGAGAUGGAGACCAUGGCUCUGGCUGCCCUACAUGACCGGAUGACAGAGCAGCACUUUCCCCAUCCCAUCCAGAGCUUCUCCCCUGAGAGUAUCCCAGUUUCCCUGAAUGGUUCCAUCAACAUAUUAGCUGAGGGUCGACUUGCCCUGGAGAAGGCCAACCAGGAGCUAGGUCUGGCUCUAGACUCCUGGGACUUGGAUUUCUAUACCAAGCGCUUCCAGGAACUACAACGGAAUCCCAGCACUGUGGAGGUUUUUGACUUGGCUCAGUCCAAUAGUGAGCAUAGCCGACACUGGUUCUUCAAGGGCCAACUCUAUGUGGAUGGGAAGAAGUUGACACAUUCCCUGUUUGAAUCUAUCAUGAGCACCCAGAUAUCCUCAAACCCCAACAAUGUCCUCAAGUUCUGUGACAACAGCAGUGCAAUCCAGGGGAAAGAAGUCAGAUUCCUACGACCUGAGGACCCUUCACAGCCAAGCUGCUUCCGGCAACGGCAGGGGCUAAGACAUGUUGUCUUCACAGCAGAGACACACAACUUUCCCACAGGAGUAUCCCCCUUCAGUGGUGCAACCACAGGCACAGGGGGCAGGAUCCGGGACAUCCAGUGCACAGGCCGUGGGGCCCAUGUGGUGGCUGGCACCGCUGGCUAUUGCUUUGGAAACCUGCACAUCCCAGGUUAUAAUCUGCCCUGGGAGGAUCCAAGCUUCCAGUACCCUGGGAAUUUUGCCAAGCCUCUGGAGGUUGCCAUUGAAGCCAGUAAUGGGGCAUCUGACUAUGGCAACAAGUUUGGGGAACCAGUGUUGGCUGGCUUUGCCCGCUCUUUGGGACUCCAGCUCCCAAAUGGUCAGCGGCGUGAGUGGAUCAAACCCAUUAUGUUUAGUGGGGGCAUUGGGUCCAUGGAAGCUGAGCAUGUGGGCAAGGAGACUCCAGAACCAGGCAUGGAUGUUGUAAAGGUUGGGGGUCCUGUCUACAGGAUUGGAGUUGGAGGUGGAGCUGCUUCAUCUGUGCAGGUGCAGGGAGAUAAUGCCAGUGACCUGGAUUUUGGGGCUGUGCAACGGGGAGACCCAGAAAUGGAACAGAAGAUGAACCGUGUUAUCCGGGCUUGUGUGGAGGCCCCCAUGGAGAACCCUAUCUGCAGCCUCCAUGAUCAGGGUGCUGGUGGCAAUGGCAAUGUCCUGAAGGAACUGAGUGACCCAGCAGGGGCCAUCAUUUACACUAGCCGUUUCCAGCUGGGUGACCCAACCCUGAAUGCCUUGGAAAUCUGGGGCGCUGAGUACCAGGAGUCAAAUGCACUUCUGUUGAGGCCCCCGCACCGGGACUUCCUGAGUCAUGUCAGUGCCCGGGAACGCUGCCCGGCUUGCUUUGUGGGUACCAUUACUGGAGACAAGAGGAUCGUGCUGGUGGAUGAUCGUGAGUGUCCCGUGGGGAGACAUGGCCAGGGGGAUGCACCGCCAGCACCUCCCCCAACUCCUGUGGACCUGGAGCUUGACUGGGUAUUGGGCAAGAUGCCUCAGAAGGAGUUCUUCCUCCAGAGGGAUUCCCCUGUGCUGCAGCCCCUGGCCUUGCCCCAAGGACUGAGCGUGCGCCAGGCUCUGGAGCGAGUUCUGAGACUGCCUUCUGUGGCCAGCAAGCGCUACCUCACCAACAAGGUGGAUCGCUCUGUGGGUGGCCUGGUGGCCCAACAGCAGUGUGUUGGACCUUUGCAUACUCCUCUGGCUGAUGUAGCUGUUGUAGCCCUGAGUCACCAGGAACUCAUAGGGGCUGCCACAGCUCUGGGAGAGCAGCCAGUCAAGAGCCUGCUGGACCCCAAGGUGGCUGCCCGGCUGGCUGUGACUGAAGCCCUCACCAACCUGGUGUUUGCUCUGGUCACUGAUCUCCGUGAUGUGAAGUGCAGUGGGAACUGGAUGUGGGCAGCCAAGCUCCCAGGGGAGGGUGCAGCUCUGGCUGAUGCCUGUGAGGCUAUGGUGUCAGUGAUGGCAGCACUGGGUGUGGCUGUGGAUGGUGGCAAGGAUUCCCUCAGCAUGGCUGCCCGGGUUGGCACUGAGACUGUGCGGGCUCCUGGGUCUCUGGUCAUCUCAGCCUAUGCUGUUUGUCCAGAUAUCACAGCCACUGUGACUCCAGACCUCAAGCAUCCUGGAGGGAGAGGCCAACUGCUCUAUGUGCCUCUGAGCCCUGGGUGGCAUCGGCUAGGGGGCACAGCUCUGGCCCAGUGUUUUUCACAGCUUGGGGAGCAGCCUCCCAACCUGGACCUGCCUGAGAACCUGGUUUGUGCCUUCAGGAUCACCCAGGGGCUGCUAAAAGACCGCCUACUGUGCUCAGGCCAUGAUGUCAGUGAUGGAGGCCUUGUCACCUGUCUGCUUGAGAUGGCCUUUGCUGGGAAUUGUGGGAUAGAGGUGGAUGUGCCUGCACCUGGGGUCAAUGCAUUGCCGGUGCUCUUUGCUGAAGAGCCAGGCCUGGUGCUGGAGGUGCGGAAGCCAGACUUGGCUGAAGUGUUGCAGCGUUACAGGAGUGCUGGCCUCCACUGCCUGGAGCUGGGCCACACUGGCGAAGCCGGUCCCCAUGCCAUGAUCCAGGUGUCAGUCAAUGGGACUGUGGUUGUAGAGGAGCCGGUUGGGCAGCUGCGAGCCCUCUGGGAGGAAACAAGUUUCCAGCUGGACCGUCUGCAGGCAGAGCCACACUGUGUGGCAGAAGAGGAACAGGGCCUAAGGGAGAGGAUGGGGCCCAGCUAUUUCCUGCCCCCCACCUUCCCCAAGGCUUCUGUGCCUCAUGAGCCUGGCGGUCCUACCCCCCGAGUCGCCAUCUUACGAGAAGAGGGUAGUAAUGGAGACCGGGAGAUGGCUGAUGCCUUCCACUUGGCUGGGUUUGAGGUGUGGGAUGUGACCAUGCAGGACCUCUGUUCUGGGGCCAUUGGGCUAGACACAUUCCGUGGUGUGGCCUUUGUGGGCGGUUUCAGCUAUGCAGAUGUCCUGGGCUCUGCCAAAGGAUGGGCAGCUGCUGUGACCUUUCAUUCACAGGCCGGGGCUGAACUGAGGCGCUUCAGGAAGCGGCCAGACACCUUCAGCCUGGGCGUGUGCAAUGGCUGUCAGUUGUUGGCUCUGCUGGGCUGGGUGGGUGGCAACCCUGAUGAAGAAGUCAGGGAGGUGGGUCAUGACUCCUGGCCAACCCAGCCUGGCCUCAUGCUACGUCACAACCUGUCUGGGCGUUUCGAGUCUCGCUGGGCCAGUGUGCGUGUAGGGCCUGGGCCAGCCCUGAUGCUACGAGGGAUGGAAGGUGCUGUGUUGCCAGUAUGGAGCGCCCAUGGGGAAGGUUACAUGGCAUUUUCUUCUCCAGAACUCCAAGCCCAGAUUGAGGCCAGGGGCCUGGCUCCCCUGCACUGGGCAGAUGAUGAGGGGAACCCCACAGAGCAGUACCCCCUGAAUCCCAAUGGUUCUCCAAGGGGUGUGGCUGGUGUCUGCUCCCAUGAUGGCCGCCACCUGGCUCUUAUGCCUCAUCCUGAGCGGGCUGUGAGGCCAUGGCAGUGGGCAUGGCGACCCCCUCCAUUUGACACUCUCACCACCUCCCCGUGGCUUCAGCUCUUCGUCAAUGCCCGAAACUGGACCCAGGAAGCAGGCUGCUGAGCCAACUGGACAGCCUCACUUAGCCCUAACAACUCAUCCCCCUGUGUUUGCUGCUCUCUGUCACCUUCAGGAGCACCCUGCCUGACUUCCAAAAGUAUCUCAGACAGAUAAGGACCAAAAUGCAAAGAAAAUCUCAGCUGAUUUACUCAUCUGCCUGCUGGAGACUGUCUGUAGAGCUGUCCUUAGUUCUCUCUUUUAAUGUGAUUUGCCCUUCCUCAUGCUCAGGAAGCAGCCUGUGACUUGGGGCAAAGAGCUGACAAGGGAAAAUUAGGGUGCAGGGGGAUGGGUUCUGUUGCCUUCCCACCCCUGCACUUCCUCAGCAAUCACCAUGUUGUGCCUCAUUUCAUUCCUGGGCUCUGAGGGAGGUUUUAUGUCUCCCUUUCUCAUUGGGGUGUCAGAUCUGGGAACAGCAUGAAAAUCAGCCCUGUCCAUCCUCACUGUUAACAGCAGAAACUUCCUGGAUUCCUUUUCAAGUGAGCUGUGCUAGAUGAGAGAAUUGUUGCUUGCAGAAGUUUUCUCUGACGGGAUUUCUGGCUGUGUCUCAGGGAUGGCUUGGUGCCAGCCUCAAAACCAGUCCUCUUGAUGUUUCUCCUACCUUAGCUCCCUUUCUGAUAGUAGUUGUCACCAUCAUGCCUAGAACAGAGCCCUUAGUUUUUUCAAGUACUACCUCUUUGUUCAUUUCAUUAAUGUUUGUUGAUUAUCUCUUGUGCCAAGCAGCAGUCUGUGAUCUAACAGAACUUGAAAUAAGCGAAGUGUAGUGGUACACCUGUGAUUUCAGUGAGUCAGGAGGCUGAGGCAGGAAGAUCACAAACUUGAGACCAGUCUGGACACCUUUGCAAGAUCCUGUCUCAGAAUAUUAAAAAAUAAUAAAGGGCUGGGGAUGUGGUUCAGUGGUAGAGCACCCCUGCGUUCCCCAUUAUUGCUGCAAAUGAUGAUAAUACUUGGAUAUAGCACCACCAGUCUGAACAGGUGCUGGGCAUUUUGUAUGUAUCUGAAUUAAUUCUUAAAAAAAUUCAGCCAGGUAUUUGAUAACCCCUCUCCUUUCUUAGCAAAGAAAGGAUUAUGGUUAACUAAAUUGCAAAGAGUUGGUACAUAACUUGGAAGCGAUGGCCAGGGGGCCAUAUUCACUCUCCAUCUGCUUCCUACCAUCCUCCAGUCUUUUGCUGGCAGCUGUUUUCCAUUGUCCCUUGUUCCCUUUGCUGAUAUGUGUAGAGGUCACUUCCUUAUGACAUUUCUGCUGUACAUCAUUUGGCCUCCUAAAAAGUUGGGCAUCUUGAUUAAAGGAGUUUCCUUGAAAGUGGAGACUGGAGUUGAAUUAGAUUCCUGAGGGCAUCAGUGGAGGGAGAGGAGGAAGGCUGGGCACAAGUAUUAAUGAUAGGGGAUAGUACCUUAAGAGAUUGAUGAUGAGACAAUGUAAAUGGUAAGUGUGGGGAUGUAACUCAGUGGAAGAGCACUGCCAUGAGGCCCUGGUUUUGAUCCUGACACCCCCUCACCCAUGCACACACUAAAAAAAAAAAAAAAAAAGUAGGGGGUUGUGCGAAUGGAGAAAUAACAUCUUUUAAUUGUUUUGCAAAGUGACCUGCCCUGAGCUGUAUGACUCUCCUAAGGAUCAUUUUUGACAUUUGAAGGUUUCCUUCUGGUUCUGGGAAGGAAUAUAUAUUUAACCUUGUAACACUGAGUGUGCAGUUUGAGGGCUAAUACCAAGGAUUAGAGUCAGGUGAGGCGAGAGUUGGACAACCUGUGUGGUAGCCUGCUGAUUGGUUCUAAUGGGUAAACUUGUGUUUUUAGAGGUGGAGACAUUUUUGGUUUGGAUCACCCUGGCCAAGCAAGACCUACGUGCCUCAUACUGUCAAGACCAAGAUCAUUUAGCUUCUCUUUCCUGCUUUUAUCCAAUAGGCAUACAAACUUGUCCUUGCUGGCACUCACCCAACUCUUGUGUCCCUCCCGCAACCCAGAGGUCCUCUAGCAAACCACUGUGGGUAGCUCUUUUGUGCUUCUUAUGCCUUCAUGGGAAACCACUGUUGAAGCCCCUCCAACUAGUGGCUUUUAUUCUCAAACCACAUGCCUCACCUUCCCCAGGCAGGGAGCUGAAGUUAGAUUUCUCUGUAUACUACUUCCAGAUUUUUCUUCACCCACUUCUACUUGAUUCUCCUGCCAUUCUGCUGUAAUCACCAUCACCCUGUUUUUUGUUCUGCCCCCAUCAUUCCCUGUGGGAGAGGCUGCCAGUUGAUCCCUAAUAUCUGUUUUUCCCCUUCUAGAAAUAAAAUCUCCAGAAUUGUAGCUGAGGAUGUGGCUGCUGUGACUAAAUUCUGCUUAAAGAAAGAGAUGAUGUAUAUGUACAAUUUCCAAGUGUUCUUAAAAGGAGAUAUGUUCUCUUGCUUCCUGCUCUGGAAUGCAGGCCUGAUGGUGGUUAGAAGUCCAGCAGCCAUAUUGGACCAUGAGAUAGCUUUGAGAAUUGUUGCCAUGAAAAGCAGAGUAACAGGAUAGGAGACUUGUCUCUUGACACUGAAGUGGGCCAUUCAGGCCUUGGACAGACUACAUGUAAUGAGUGUAGGAAAUGAACUUUUCCCUUGCUUAAGUCCUAUUAAUUUUGAUGCUUUCUAUCUCUUACAGACAAACAAUCCUACACAAACAUUCCUACCACCCACCACUUUUUUUUUGUUGUUGUUGAGAUGGAACUCAUGGCCUUAAACAUGCUAGACAAUGCUCUACCACUGAGUUACAUCCCCAACCCUAACUCCCUUUUUCUUCAUGUGUAUUAGUCCCUAACUCCUAUUCUUGCUCUCUACCCUUAAUGAACUUCAAGUGUUCUAGAGUAUGGCAAUGACCAAUGCCCUGAACUUUAUAGUGACUGCUAUUCUGCUUUACCAACCAUCACAUCUUGGAUUUUGUCAUCAUGCAGAUCUCUUCCACCUCCAGGCUCAUUUUAUUCAAGCACCUUGCAUUUGACCAUUAACCUCUGUUCUUUCUCUUUGCUGCUUUGAAGUCAUCAGGAUCUCAAAUCCAAUAACUACUUCCCCCCAGUCCAUUCCUUCUUCCCUUUUCAUCCAACUUCCCUUUUCAGUGCUCUUUAACUUGAUCCAAUAUCUUGUCGUCAUACCCAUCUGGCAACAUAACCUGUCAGCUCUCUGAAAGCCAGAAAAUAGCAAAUGGUCUGAUAAGUUCAUCUUUACCUGCCUUUGGGGAAAAUAGAAUAAGAAAUAGAGAUAAAGGAUACUAAGUGAACUUUUACAGUAGUGUGCUGUGAGUGGAGGGAUCUGAUGCCCUCAGCUCUCUACACCUGAGAUCUAAAAAUAAAAACUUGACAAAAAUGCCCAAAUCGCAUAAGCAAGUCCUUUCCUUAAGGUAUCGGCUGAGUCAGCAACUGAAGUCAAAUCACUUGUUAGCCCUUCUCAGCCUGUUUCUGCUGUCUUUCACCAUUGCAAUCUUGCAUUGACCUGUCUCCACAAUACAGGGUGAACUAUU